UAGUGCAGAAAGUUGGCAGGGAUAUUUGUCACAUUGUAGCUAAAAAAUGUCUUGACUUUGCUCCAAGCUCUUGUGACUGUCUGGGACUUCAGCGAUCAAACGCAAGGAAGGGGGUGGAGGCACUGGUACAUAAAUAUAUGUACACCUACGUCCCUCCCCCACUUUUAACAUUUCUAAAGUAGACAAUUUCUGACUUGCAUACUUGAACAAAUACGUUUGUGCACUCUCGUCUGUCACACUCUCAUUCACAUAUUUUUAUUUAUUUUAUUACGACAUAUUAAAGUGACGCGAGAAGGUGACGUGAGUCAAAAGUAGUCAAAAGUCCAAAAAUAUUCAAGUUAAAUGACCUGAACUGUAAGCCACGCGAAGUCUCGCGAUGGCUCUCCCCUUAGCAACUGAGAUGUUAGCCGUGGAUACCAGAGUCGUGCUAAGUGCAGACUGAAGCAGACUGCCACCCAUAUGCAGUCUACCUGCGGGAACCCGUUUGGGUGUCCGGGUCAGUCUCUGUGGAGCCUGAUUGUUGAGCAUGUUCCACGCUCUGAGAUGCCAAAAAUUCACACCACCCUGGGCCACUCGCUGGUCGACACGUACACGGAGCUACACGCUGAGGCAGUCAUGUGGUACAAGAUAUGGCAGGAUAGAAAGCAGGGCGGACUCUUCGGCGACAAAGCAGGGGGCCCUCUCGCUCGUCCGAGGGGCCCCCUGGCCGACCCGCCAGUGAUCAAGGAGCUGGUGAGGGCCGAGGUCAAGAUGUUGUUGGAGAAUCUCCAAGAGAAAUUCCUUCGGGAGGGAAGGCACGACAAGGAGUUUUUAAGUCGCUACAACGCAAAGACUGUGAACUUUGCCCUGGGUCGCCUUGACAUCAGCACCGAACCCAAAAAUGAAAUCAGACUGAGCUCUCGCUGUUCCAUCCACUCCCAUGUGGAAGAGGAGAUAGAAGCUGUGAAGGACAAGCUGAAUAUCAUUGACAUCAACAAAGUGGUGGAGCAUAUCAAGUGCAUCCUGGUAGAAGAAUGUGCAGUUUUGAAAUCAUACGUAAAGUAUAUACAGGAAAUGAUCAAAAAGGAUUGUAGGAGAUAUGGUGAGGAUAAGGAACCAGAACCAACCCUUGCAGACUUGAAAGAGCUUCGAGGUGCUAUUCAAAAAGACUAUGAGCUCUAUCCAUCACCUCCCUCCAAUAUCCCAGAUAAAGUAGUGAAAAGGUCAUUCAGACUUCCAUCGGAACAAAAGAGUGCUGAAAAGACCUCACAAACUGCUUCGACCAUCCGAAGACCACAUCCUCCCUCCGCUCCACCCAGACUUUCUCACUUGAACUUUUGCGGCUCCCUCAAGCCAAUAAAUUCUUUGGACGCUAUCUCGAGGACUUCUCUGCAGCACAAAAGUCAAGCCGACGUCUGUACUAGGACGUCCCGACACAGGAAAGUUUGCCUUAAAACUCCCGCAGGUGACCAGGUGCACUCUGAGGAAGAUGAGUCUGAUCUCCAUUGGCGGUUUCUCACCUGCUCGAGUAGCUCGCCCUUCAUCCCCUCACAAUAUCUCCAGCCUGGGUAGGAAGGCUGAUUUGUGGACGAAAGACAGCAAGAACAAACUAAAUUGUCGCUUCACUCUUUUCCUGCUCACCUUUUUCCUGCCAGAGGUGGAAGCUGGAAGAGAUGGAAAAGGCUUUCCAAUGGACGGGAAGUGAUCAAGUAGCAAAGCCUGAGGAAAAGAGGUGAAGUACUCAGUGGCAGGACACAUGUAAUCCAGGACAGGACAGGACUGGACUGUCUCAACAAAUGUUUAUAACUGGUCACUUCAACAAGUCAGCUACUGAACUGAUAAGAUUUCUACUACAAUGUGGAAGUGAUUGGAUCAAUACGUAAAUAUCAUAGUAUUUGACAGUGUGAUCGAUUUGCAUAUAGUUUGGUUUUCUAUUUAAAGUAUAAAUGAUAGACAUUUUUUGUAUUUAUAGUUUUUAAUAGUUUUUAUAGUUUUUAGUUUUCUAUUUUUUUAAUUUCUGCUAUACACAUGCAUUUCUGAAGCUCGAUUUGACAAUGGUAAUAUUUUUAAUUAACAAUAUGUAUUUUGUAAACAAACUGCUACAAUUAUGCAUGAAGCAAAAAAUGAAGCUGCUACGUAAAAAUGUAGUACAAUUAUUCACAUCAAGAUAGAUGACAUUCGGAAAAAAUUAAACUUCAAACAUUUAUACGCACAAACAAUAGUAAACACCUUCAGCAUGUAGGUGUGUGGAAUGAAAUGAUGGAACGGAUUGAGUAGAGAACUCAAUGCAUGAAAAUGAGGAAGUUCACAGAUCAGUACAAGCUGUUGAUGCUUACAAAGGAAGCAGAAUCCUGAACAGGGAAAUAAAUACCUGUACAUGCAGUAUAAAUACCUGUACAUACAGUAUAUGUCAUAUGACAACUGUGCUUACUCCUUAUUCUUCAUUUUCUUGUAGGACUAUCUGAAAUAUUACAUUGUCUGUACUCACUGAUCAUCCAACAAUGUAUGUGUCGUCUCGGUUUAUUAUGAUAUAUACUUUUUAUAUACAAUUUGUAUAUACAAAGUUAUACAAUUUAUUGUACAUUGUUGUAUUGUUUUAUCAUUUUCUUAUGUUGCUUUGGAACUGGCGAGGGGCACAAGUAUAGGAAAUGAAAUAGGAAGUGAAUAGUGAGGAUAAGCGGCAUAGAAAAUGGAUGCAUGGAUAAAUGUGUUAGCUAUUGAAGGUUGAGGAAGACUUGGGUAGACUUGAAUAAGAUCUGCUUCUUCCUGCUCCUUCUGUACAUGUGGAAUUGUCAAUUGUAAUAUGUGAUGUAUACCAGGGCAAAACGUAUGUAUGUCAAAA